UUCCUUUUUGUCAAGCUCAAACCAUUAUUCCAUGAAUCAUGAUGCAAAUUUCUCUACCAUUGCGAACCCCAACUUGGUUUUCUAGACGAAGGCUGCUCGAGGAGAAGCUUUCUGAUAUCCAUAAAUGCACUAACUUGGACCACAUAAAGCAAAUUCAUGCCCAAAUUCUCAAAGCUGACCUCCACCAAGACCUCUAUGUCGCACCCAAACUCAUUGCAGCUCUCUCUCUCAGCCGUCAGAUUGUGUCAGCCGUGAAUGUCUUCAAUCAAGUUCCGGAACCCAAUGUUCAUAUGUAUAACUCGUUGAUUAGAGCUCACGCUCAAAAUUCUCAGCCUUCACAUGCCUUCGCAGUUUUCUUUGAAAUGCAAAGAUUUGAGGUGUGUCCUGAUAAUUUCACUUACCCAUAUCUGUUAAAAGCGUGCAUUGGCCAUUCUUGGUUACCCGUAAUUCAAAUGAUUCAUUCACAUAUAGAGAAAACUGGACUUUAUUCAGAUAUAUUUGUGCCCAAUGCACUCCUUGACUCCUACUCAAAGUGUGGACCUUCUGGCCUUACUGCUGCGUUGAACUUGUUUAUGUCAAUGAAGGAAAAAGAUAUUGUUACUUGGAAUUCUAUUGUUGGUGGGUUGGCAAAAGCAGGUAAAUUAGAAGAAGCUUGCAAAUUGUUCGAUGAAAUGCCUGAGAGAGAUACGGUAAGUUGGAAUACAAUGUUAGAUGGACAUGCAAAGAAAGGAGACAUGGAUAAAGCAUUCAAACUGUUUGAGAAAAUGCCUGAGAGGAAUAUUAUCUCUUGGUCAACAAUGGUUUGGGGUUACUGUAAGGCUGGGGAUAUUGAUAUGGCCAGGAUGUUGUUUGAUAAGAGUCCUGCAAAAAACAUGAUCCUUUGGACUACUAUAAUAUCCGGGUAUGCUGAGAAAGGGCUUGUUAGAGAGGCAAGCACCUUGUAUGACCGAAUGGAGGAAACGAGAUUGAAACCUGAUGAUGGGACUGUGAUAAGUAUAUUGGCAGCAUGUGCAGAGUCUGGAAUUUUGUGCUUGGGAAAGAAAAUUCAUGCCUCCAUUAACAGGUCUAGAUAUAGAUGCAGCAUUAAAGUGUCCAAUGCACUGAUUGAUAUGUAUGCAAAGUGUGGUUGUCUGGAAGCUGCAUUUGAUGUGUUUAACGAAAUGAGAAAGAAAGAUGUCGUGUCUUGGAAUGCCAUGCUCCAAGGAUUAGCUGUGCAUGGACAUGGCAAGAAAGCACUUAAACUCUUCUCUAGGAUGAUACGUGAAGGAUUUGAGCCUGAUAAGUAUACAUUCAUUGGCCUUUUAUGUGCUUGCAGCCAUUCAGGCCUUGUUGAGAAAGGCAGAAAGCACUUCUAUUCAAUGGAGAAAGUGUAUGGGAUUGUUCCUCAAAUUGAGCACUAUGGUUGCAUGAUGGACCUUUUAGGCCGUGGAGGGCAUCUAAAGGAAGCUUUUGCACUUCUUCACAGUAUGCCAAUGGAACCAAAUGGCAAAAUAUUGGGAACUCUUUUGGGGGCUUGUCGAAUGCAUAACGCUGCAGACCUUGCGAGAGCUGUGAGUGAUCGUCUGCUCAAAUUAGAACCAUCUGAUGUUGGGAAUUACUCCCUUUUGUCAAAUAUUUAUGCUCAAGCGGGAGAUUGGAGUAGUGUUGCUGAUGUGAGGGUACAAAUGAAGAACACUGGAGGCCAAAAGCCAUCUGGGGCUAGUUCCAUUGAGUUGGAAGAAAAGGUGCAUGAAUUUACUGUUCUUGAUCGAUCUCACCCCAAAUCAGAUGACAUAUAUAAGAUGAUUGACAGAUUGGUACGGGACCUUAAAUUGGUUGGAUGUGCUCCAGUCGCGGAGGAAUAGCCAAUGGUGAAUGCAAGUUGCUUAUAUCUAAAGACUAGGGUGACGCUUAUGAUGUGAGUUACAAUAUAUUUUCAGUUCUAUACAAUUGGUGGUUUAACAUAAAAGAUCGUUGUAUAUAUUGUGAAACAUCAUAUUCUGUAAAAGAGCUAUGUCAAUUCAAACAGCUCCGAGGAAGGGAAUAGAACACGUAAAACGCAGCAAAAAUUAAGUCAGGCAUCAGGAUGGUGUGAGGGCAAUGUAUUGUCAAUGAAUAUCAAGUAUUUAAAAUAUCUAUUAACUAGGUCAAAGAUUUCA